CACCAGCUGUUGAACUUUGGUACUAUCUCAGUGGCUGUCUCUAUAUCCCACAAUGUCAAUACCUCAUACACGUCGAACUGUCUCUACUGAUGGUUUCGAUUGUAUCUUAUUAUUAACCAGCCGUCAGGUCAUUGGAGGGAACCAGCUCGUCCCUCAAUCAGGGAACCUGGGGAUUGGUAAAUGAAAGAUAGACUCUUCCAAUAGUCUAGGACUGCGACGCAAGGACUGUGUACCAUUAUUCUACAAACUCUUAGUUAUACCUGGCAUUAUGGAUUAAAGGAUUGUACACGCAUCUGAUUGUAAUUGACGAUCGCCAUCUAUCUCAUUAAUAUGGACAUGCUGAACAACACUACAUCCGACCGUAAUCUGACCGUGUUCGGGCGGAUAAAAUCAGACUCGGUGGCGGAAAUAUUCGGGGAGAUCUGCACAAAGUAUGUUGCUCCUGCCAUUUGUAUUUUUGGAAUCAUCGGCAAUUCGUUCAGCUUGGUCGUAUUAAUGCGGAAGUCGCUCAAACAGUCGCCGUACAUAAACCUGAAGGCCCUGACGACGAUCAACUUACUUGCAUUGAUGAUUUCCUUCCCCUACAUGUUACACGGAGAAUAUUCCCGGGAGUACGCCUGGCUGUGGUACAACAUUUACAUUUUCAUACCCCUGGUGAACUGGCUGACGGCGACCAGCGUCUGGGUCGUGGUUCUAAUGACCGUUGAACGUUUUGUGUACGUCAGGUUUCCGUUGCGGGCCAAAAGUCAAUUCGGACGGACAGGAACAAUAAUCCGAAUCCUCGUAGUCAUGCUUAUAACCUUCGCCAUGUCGCUACAUAAAUUCUUCAUUUAUAACAUAGAUCGCGUCAGAGCAAGAUACGUCAAGACGCCAUUUGCGACGAGUAGGUUGUCAUACAUCAUUGAUAUCGCAUUAAUGGUGGUCAUCCAUUUCAUUCCUCUUGUCAUCCUUGCAGUUGUCAACUUCCUGUUGAUACGAACGGUCCGCGAGGCCAGAAAUCGUAGAGUGGUGUUCAAUUUAAGGAACAACCAAGAAGGAGGGUGGCAAAAGGACGAGCGGCGAUUCACGGUAACCCUCGUCAGCAUUGUGAUCCUGAACAUCUGUUUCGUGGGCCCGGCCACCAUCACCGACAUUCUGAAACUCAGUACCCUCGGGAUGAGAAGCAGGGUCACUUUUAGCCUAAUGCGGCAAAUUUCAAACGUUUUGCUCUUAUUUUGUUUGUCGUUUAAUUUUGUGCUGUUUUGUACUUUUAAUAAGAAGUUUUUGCAAGCGAUGAAAGAAACGCUGCGAAUUCACAGGUUUCGGAGAGGACACUUUAAGUCAGUUAAAGGUUCAGAAAUGACAUUCCUGCGUUCCACGAACUUUGACAGUUGAUAGGCUCUUUUCAGUGAACUUGUUUUUCAGAGGGUUAGAACUACAUGUAUCAUUUUAUGUUGAAAAAAAUGUCAAUUUUGUCCACUUGCAAAACUUUGUACGUUAUUUCGUUAAAAAUAAUUUCCCGAUGUUUACUUGUUAUUAGCUUACCUACGCCAAAAGGCUCAAGAUAACUUUUAUGAUCAAAAUCUGUCUACCGUCGUUAAACUUUGCAUUUCCAUCUUUUUCUCCAAAAACGCUGAGCAAUUUCAGGGUCCGUGGGAGGUCAAAUUCCAUUUUUUUUUUUGGUUGGUUAGAGCUUUUUUGGUAUUGGAUUAAAUUGAAAUGAAAAGCAUGAGAAAUGUAAACUUUU